ACAAUGUCAGCCCCGACAACGUCAUCUAUGACAACCGACACAAACAGUUCGGGGAACACGCCUGUCCCCACUGUACCUUCACCUGCCAGGCCGUCCUUGAACUUGACGUUCACUUGGAGGCGGAACAUUACAUGCAUGACCCGUUUCCCUGUAAGUUCUGCCCGACCCGUUUUGAUAAGUACACUAAGUUACAAAGGCACGUGUCUGCGGCCCACCCUGAGAAGAGGUACGGCUGUAGUGUGUGUGGGAAGCUGUUCAAGUAUUACUACACCAUGAAGGAACACGAGAAGAUUCACACUGAGGAGAAGGCCUGGCUCUGUGACUUCUGUGGAAAGGGAUUCUCACUACAGAAAUAUCUGAUUAAACACAGAGAGAGGCAUGACGCUAUUCCAGUGGAUGAGAGUGGAAGUCAUAAGUGUAAAUACUGUGAAAAGAGCUUCACAGAGGUCAAGUUGUACCAGAUCCACAUGCGAACCCACACAGAGGUACCAGACAGGAUCCACCAGUGUAGUAUGUGUCCUAAACGCUUCUUUAAGAUCACCCACCUGAAACGCCACAUCAUGACCCACACCAAGAUCAGGAUGUACAAGUGUGACGUCUGUCCAAGGUCAUACAAGGACAAGGAUACCCUGAGGAAGCAUGUGAAAUUCUGUCACCCUCCUGAGGGGGAUGAGGUGGAGGAAUUCCAGUGUGAACAUUGUGACAGGAAGUUCUACAAUAAAGGGCAUCUAAAGAGACACAUGGUCAAACACACAGGAGAAAGGCCAUUUGUUUGUCCACAUUGUCAGAAAGGAUUUGGAGAGAAGAAGAGUUUGGAAAAUCACAUCAGAAUACACACAGGUGAGCGACCGUACGAAUGUCAGGAUUGUGGAAAACGCUUCAUUCAGCUCUCUCAUCUCAGACGUCAUAAAUAUCUCCACACUCAGAUUCGUAAUGAGGUUUGUAAGGAGUGCGGUAAGCGGUUCUUUGAGAAGGCUGACCUACAGAAGCACAGCCGAGUCCACAGUAAAGAGAGGCCAUUCAAGUGUGACCUGUGUCCCAUGUCAUUCACACAGCAGAACAUCCUCAAGUGUCACCGCCGACGACAUACCGGGGAAAAACCCUACGUCUGUGACAUCUGUGAUCGGGCAUUCACUCAGAUGGGAGCUAUGCAGUGUCACCGUCGUCUUCACACAGGAGAGCGUCCCUAUAAAUGUAAAUACUGUGGUCUGGGCUUCGUCAGUAAGGAGAGGAUGAAGUUCCACACAUACUCCCACACCGGGCAGAAUCCUCACAUCUGUCACAUCUGUGGUAAAGGAUUCCGCCUGAAGUUCAAGCUUCAGAGUCACCUGGACAAUCACGACGGAAUCUACAGACAUCAGUGUGACUAUUGUAGUAAGGGCUUCCUAGAGAAAGCCAAGCUUAACAGGCACAUCAAACAGAUCCACAUGCAGGAACCAGUCAGGACCAAGAUAGUGUCCCUUGAUGGUCCCAACAUUCAGACUAUAGAGGAAGACGGCGUUAUCACGGUGAUCCACACCCCCGCCUCCAGCGUCAACGACAACAACAUUGUACAGUACAUCCCAGUGUCUACCGCCGACAAUCCACAGGAGGGGGUGACGGAGGAAGUCGUCGAGACCCACGUCACGAUUCCGUUUGAGAUUAACAACGAGGGACAGCCCAGCGAGACUAAUUCCGCCGUGUCUACGAUCCAGUUCGAGGCCGACGGAGAGGCCGCCCAGGCUACGGCGGCGAAUCUGGCGGCGUUGUAUUCAGGGGAAGCCACACACAUCACGAUGCCCUCGGACAGUAUAAUUUACCAGGGGGACGAGAAUGGAGAAGAGGUUGUGUAUGUUGUCAUACCGGAAGAUAAUCAAACUGUUAUACUGUCAUAAGGAGGCAUUAUUGUAGUAAAGGGGAACUAUUAUUAAUUAAUGAAAUUCGAAACAUUAAAAUUUUUAAUGGGAAAAAUGUAGCUAUUUUUAACAAUAAGAAAUAUCAUUAUUAUGAAAAAUGUACCUUAUAUGGGGGUCUAUAAACAGCAAAAAAUAUUUGGUUGUACAUGUACAUUGUAAUUGGUUUAUUGAUUUUGCAACUUAAUCAAGAAAAAAAAAUUACGUUUGUAUUUUAAUCAGUAAACAUUUGCAGUGAAUUAAGGACAACAAAUUGUUUAACAGUGAUGUAAAUAAAGAUAUUAAAAUCUUAA